AUGCAGCAACGCUCCCUGUGUCCAGUUAUCCUCGAUAUAAGAAGAGGCACCCUGGGGAAGAUCCUCUCUCCUCCUCCUGGUCGAGGACAGCGACUGGAAGAGACCACGGAUUCGAAGGGAAUUCAUUCCGGGGGGGAAGUAGGGGCGCUGCAGAUUGAUGUGGACGCCUCGCCGCAACAGGAAACAAGUCAAGGAGAAGGCCGGAGACCAAGCCAAACAUCUACUGGGGGCCUACUGGCGGGCACCAUUCCUCGCAGGACACAGGACAGAGAUCAAUCUCGAGACUUCGGCAGGAGGCGGCGCACUGGAAUGCCCCCACCUUGA